AGAGCAGACAGUGUUCAGUGGCGAGACGCUGAAACACAAGUUGACAGACUUAAUUUUGGCCACGAAAAAGGAAAGUUUGUAGUAAUUUCUCACAUAAAUUUGAAAAUAAAAUAUAAAAAAUACAGAUGUGACUAAGUGGACAGUAUAAUAUGUUGAAAAAUUUUAAUAUAAUGAGUCCACUUGAAUGCACUUAAGCCCUGAUUAUGGACUUUGCAAACUGUUCCAUCGACCAGGCUAGCUAUAGGCCUAACAUCUUUUAGGCUAGUCACCUAACUAGGUCAACCUGGCUACCCAUAAAGCUAUUGGGACUAUCUUGAACGCGAACAUGAGGUUCUUCAGGAAAGAACCUGCCACCAGCAACCAUGGGUACCCCAAGAAGGUGCUCAACCAAAACAACAACCCGCCCCUCACUCACCACCACACUAACCAG